UGUAUUUUUUAACCCCUUUCUUUUUAAAUAAUUAUAUUUAUCCUGAAGAUCCUUCAUCAAAUUUCUCCCUCCUCUCUCUCCACAAUUUCACAUCUCUCAUCUCAAGAAAAUAAAAAGAUUUGGCCUUUCUGCGUUAAAGUUUUUAAGCCUAUUUUCUGUUUCUUCUGAUCCAGCCUCUUCGUAAGAGAUAUGGAACAACACUUCUUUGAUCAUGAGGCACAUUUUGAAUCUGAGGAAGAUGUUGGACUUAAGCAGAAACAUAAAUUGAUUCCAGUCCCAACAGCAGUCUCAGACAAUGACAGUGGCUAUUUUGAAUGCAACAUAUGCUUAGACUCUGCACAUGACCCUGUUGUCACCCUAUGUGGUCAUCUAUAUUGCUGGCCAUGCAUUUACAAAUGGCUCCAUGUUAAAACUUCCUCCCCUGAUGCUAGUCAGCAGCAGCCGAGCUGCCCUGUCUGCAAGGCUGACAUUUCUCCAAAUUCAUUGGUCCCUCUAUAUGGCCGGGGCCCAUCUACAUCUGAAUCAAAAUCCAAGAAAGAGCCAGUGGAUGCAGUCAUACCUCGUAGGCCACUCCCUUCUGAGUUGAAUACAGUGAAUGCUAAUACUUCGCCACAAAAUCGGCAACUUCAUUCAAAUUUUUUCAAUCCACAGCCUCAGUCAUUUCAACACCAACAAUACUUCCAUGAUCCUCAUGGAGGUUAUGCAGCCUUGACCUCUUCAAACCUUGGGGGUACAGUGAUGACAGGUUUUUUAAAUCCAAUGCUGGGGAUGUUCAAUGAGAUGGUGUUCACAAGGAAUUUUGGGACGUCGAUCACCAAUAUGUUUGCUCGCCCUUACACAAAUCCUCUCAUGGGAAGUAAUAGUCCUAGGAUGAGGAGGCAGGAAAUGCAGCUUGACAAGUCUCUAAAUAGAGUGUCCAUCUUUUUUCUUUGCUGCAUCAUUUUGUGCCUCCUCUUAUUUUGAUUAGGUUAUCUUUCAGCUUUUGUAAAUAGGUGAUGACAUACACAUUGCAGGGACAAUCUGCUGUAAUUUUUUUUUCUGGAAACUCUCUUUCAAGAGAUUUUCCUCGACAGUUUUGCAUUUUAUCUGUCAUUCUUUACUUGCAUAUGCUAUUGUAACUGUUGGAUUUCAUGAGUUGUAUUAGAUUCUUGAUUACAAAAUGUAUACGGGGCUCAUUUUGUAUUUUCUGUAAGGAAAUUGCCAUUUCUAGUUUGAA